CUUUUCCUCAAGACACCACCCAAUACAGCGAGCUGUUGUCGAGUGUCACUCAAGCAAAGUGAAGCAAGUGCAAAGUGAAGCGAUGACGACGACAAACACUGUGGUGGACUACGUGAAGAGCGCGCCACGUUGGGUUGGCAACGCCAUGGCGUACACGUCCACAACCUUGCACGGCUACACGAUGGCUGCUGCGGAGUACCUGGGCGCUGAGGUCGGCCAGUCUGCUGUUGCCCCUGUCGCAGACACGACCGUGCUUGUGCCAGAGACGCUUCCUCCGCCCGUGCCGACGACCGUGGUGGAGUCCAUGCUGGCGACGGCCUGCAGCAUCAAGCGCACCGUGUUCCAGCUCCACUGGUCGGUUGCCCCAUUCUUCUGGAUCGGCUGCGCAUCCGUUGUCGGCUACGUCGGCACCAUCCUCUUCCAGAACCUUGUGCUCGAUCUCUUCCCCGUCAACCUCAAGAAGAAGUACAACGCCGAAUGGGGCCUGGUCACCGGCGCCAGCUCAGGCAUUGGCAAGGCUAUGGCAGAGAAGCUUGCUGGCCAGGGCAUCAACGUCGUCCUUGUUGCCCUGGAUGACGAUGUCCUCACCCACACCUUCGCCGAGAUUCAGCAGAAGUUCCCCAACAUCCAGUUCCGCAAGGUUGGCGUGAACCUGGGCGGACCCGAGGCCGGCUACAUGCCCGCCAUCAUCAAGGCCACAAACGACAUCCACGUCACCCUCGUCUUCAACAACGCCGGCUUCAUCACCACCGGGUUCUUUGACAAGACGCCGCUGGGCCGCAGCAUGGCCAACUUCCACUGCAACGCCACAUGCAUCCUGCCCAUCACCCACCACUUCCUCACAAAGAUGGUUGCGUCCAAGUCCAAGGGCCUGCUCGCGUACACGUCAUCCUCCGCUGGAUUUGUGCCCACACCACUCUCCGUCAUCUACCCGAGCACCAAAUCCUUCAUCACCCUCUUCGCCACCUCCCUUGCGCCGGAGGUGAAGAGCCGCGGCGUCGAUGUCGUCGUCGUCCACCCGUCUCCGAUGAUGACAAACUUCUUCAAGAACUCUGGUGGAAUGCAGACGCUGGAGGCAUUCAAGCGCUUUGCUGUUGGCCCCUCCGUGAUUGCGGAUGUUGUGUUCAACAGCGCGGGCCGGUUCGUUGUGCGCGACCAAGGCCUCGUCACCAUUCUCCUGCGAAUCGUCACAAAGGCGUUUGACUUCAACCUCUUCUCUGAGCUGGUUUGCCGCACCGCCCACACCACAGGCGACUUCAAACAGUUCAUGGACAAGAACAACUGAGGCGUGUACUAUCCCGUGGCACCCGCGAACGAGCGUGCAUGGUGUGCGUGUGUGUGUGUGUGUGUGUGUGUGUGUGUGUGUGUGUG